CUCGCGCAGGCUCGGCAGUUGCAGCCGUCCGUCCAGCCCCUUCUUUUCCCUGCCACGUACGGGCGGCGGUGGCCCUACCUGGGGUCCGAUUCUGUCGGGGCGGGGGGUGUCCACCAGCGGGACCGCGGAGAAGCCAGAUGUGUGGCGGCUUAUCCUUACUCAGUUCUCAAGUGAGGUGGAAAAUCUGCCCAAUAAUCCAGCAUCAGUAAGACAGACAAGGUCUGCAGGUGAUAAGGAAUUCACCAUGAAUGGGCAGCUGGAUUUAAGUGGGAAGCUGAUCAUCAAAGCUCAGCUUGGGGAAGAUAUUAGGAGAAUUCCUAUUCAUAAUGAAGAUAUCACCUAUGAUGAAUUGGUGCUAAUGAUGCAGAGAGUUUUUAGAGGAAAACUUCUGAGCAAUGACGAAGUCACAAUAAAAUACAAAGAUGAAGAUGGAGAUCUUAUAACAAUUUUUGAUAGCUCAGAUCUUUCCUUUGCAAUUCAAUGCAGUAGGAUACUUAAGCUGACAUUGUUUGUGAACGGACAACCAAGACCCUUAGAAUCUAAUCAGGUGAAAUAUCUGCGUCGAGAGCUGAUAGAACUUCGCAAUAAAGUAAAUCGUUUACUGGACUGUUUAGAACCACCAGCUGAACCAGGCCUUUCCACUAACUUGCCUGACAGUGAUGCUGUAGAUGGGAGGGAAGAAAAGCCUGCUGCUGCUGACUCUAGUGUUAAGCCAUCUACUCAAGUCAUAGCGGCAAGCAUGUCUGCAUUUGAUCCACUGAAGAACCAGGAUGAAAUCAGCAAGAAUGUCAUGUCAGCAUUUGGAUUGACAGAUGAUCAGGUGUCAGGACCACCCAGUGCCCCCGCAGAAGAGAGAUCUGGGACACCUGACAGCAUUGCUUCCUCCUCUUCUGCCGCCCACCCUCCUGGGGUUCAAGCACAGCAGCCACCCUACACUGGCACACAGCCCCAGACUGGUCAGGUGGAAGGUCAGAUGUAUCAGCAGUACCAACAGCCUGGUUAUCCUGCUCAGCAGCCGCAGGCUCAGCCUCAGCAGCAGUAUGGUAUGCAGUACCCAGCAGGCUACAGCCAGCCGCAGCCCCCAUCGCAGCAAGCUCAGCAGUUUCCGGCCUACACCCAGCCUGCGACCCCGGCUGCGGCGCCGGCCCCGGCCGCCGCCGCCUUCCCGGGCCCAGCGCAGCAGGUGCCGGCGGCGGCGCCGGCGGCGCAGUUCGCGGGGGGUGGUUACCCGCCGCAGGCAUACGGCUCCGCGCCGCCCGCCCAGCCCAGCCCUUACACCGGGGGCGGCCCCGGCUCCCAAGCAGCGGCCGGCACCUACCAGCCGCGGCCCGGCUUCAGCCCCUCGCCCAGUGGGCCCAACCCCUAUGCCCGCAGCCGGCCACCCUUCGGCCCCCAGGGCUAUGCCCAGCCCGGACCUGGCUACCGGUAAGUUGGUAGUGGCCUGGGCACCUGUGACUCCAUCCUGAGCUACUCCAGGUAUUUCAGCUGAGGUUCCAAAACUGUAACAAGGCAAAACUGUAGCUGUUAAUUCAGUUCUGCUGGGGGAGGGGAACAACCAAACCAAUCUUUCCUGCUUCAAAUUGUACCUGCUUCCUCAUUUAAUUUGGGGCUGGGUGGUUUUGGGGAAGCACUUCCUAAGUGUCUGUAAAGUGAUUGACAUUCUAGCUUGCCUUUUGUGAAGGACAGGAACGGUAGCCCACUUACCAGGCUUGGUUCUACUAAUGCCAGUGAUGUACUAAAUUAGAUUGAUUCUGGAGGUAAAACUAGAUGUAUUAUAAAUUGUAAUGCUCACAUGGAAAACUAAUAAAACCCCUGAAUCUGUUAAAUGCCUGGGCCUGGUUUGAGAACUGGGAAUGCUGAACACGGUAACUGAGUAUGGUGGGUCUGCAGCCACCAAGGUGAAGAUCAACGGUGCCCAGGUUGGUAGGAGAAGAGACGAGUUUUAGGUGUGUAAAUGGAGAAGGGUUGUCCACAGAGCCUGCUCUUGCAAAGGUUACGCAGUAGUAGGUGGUUUUGCUCCGUCUGCUGUUACUAACUGCCAUGUAGCCCAUGUACCAAAUGAGUAGGAACCAAUGCACUUCUUAAAGCCCCUUACCAAUUUUGCUUUAGCAGGAGCAGGGGGAGAACUGCUUUACUGCUAUGAAAAUUUAGGCAAAAUACAUAUUUUUAAAACAGAACACUUAAAAAUUAACAACUUUCCACAGGUUCUUUGCCACCCAGAAAAAUUUGAGAAUGCCAUUCUAGUGACUUGAUUCUGAGCCAAGAACAAGCAGAUCAAUAGCUGUAGCAAGUUCAGUGGCACAUGUGACAGCAGAGGGUAAAGCAUUCUCUCAGCUAAUAUUUUCCAUCUUAUGGAUUUUAGGAAUACAUAAAACUAAGCAGGGAAUCUAAAAAUCAAAACUGGAGUAAGCUGCUUGAACUCUGAUAAAGACAACUUAGGAAUUAAGGGGUGAAUAUAUUUCCUCCCUUCAGGAUCUCCCUGUUCCCCUGUAAGCUGUACUUCCUGCUGUUUGUGCUCUCCUCAGCCCUAAUGCCGCAGGGGCUGGUCACACCAGUUCAGAACCAACUGCUUGUUGAAGUAAGCAGCAUUUGCCACAGGAGCUAGUAUUUCUUUUCAUGGAAAACACUGAAGAAAACCACUUGAUUAAAAAAUACUUUAUUAGGAGUACAGUGUACCUGCAAUGUACUUUAUAAGGCAUUUUCUAUAAAUGACUAUUUCUACUAUAUAUAUAUAUCUGGCUGUUCCUGUUCAUAUUUUUUCAAUACCUUAGUAAUGUAGUGAAUAACACCUUUAAAAAAACCUACAUCUCUUUAGUUCAUAAAUGGUCAAGCAGUACAAGUAGCUUUGGGAGAGGUUUUAAUUAACUGUAAGGCAGUUUUUAAAGUUCAGUUAUCACUAUUUCCUCUUUGUCCCCAGUGAACACUUUCUUCUUUUAAAUAAACCUGAUUAUGCUGUAA